GUUUUGCCCGCCCCCUGAGCCGCUGAUCGCUGUUGCAAGUGCGACAAGUCGUUAAGCUCUCCGCGACGAGGGCUUUCACAAACCAAGUUCGCAUCCUCUCAUCCCGUCAAUCCCCCCAACCGUCCCCCCCAACCAUCCCCCCCACCGUCAUUCGAGAAUGACGACCACCACCAAUGCGCUCUGCCACCCCCCUGUCGGCGCCAGAGUCCUCCUCCAACCCGCCGCCGACAGCGGAGAAGAGCCGCUAGAGCUGCAGGUGGACAAGGCCCUCAAAAAGGGUGCAGACGGCGCGUGCGUCCUGCUUGCCCCAUGUGCACCCAAUGACGGCAGCAGCACCUAUGUGGGCAAAUGCUACCAUCAUGGCGACCGUGCCCUCGCCAACGAGGCCGAAACACUGGCAGUGGUCUACAAGGCGGCCAUGAGGGCAAGGGAGGAGCCGCUGGUGCCCAAGUUCAUGGGCGUCGCCAAGUAUGAGGCCGAGGGCGGGCGCACCAUGGGGCUUCUCGUGAUGGAGAAGUUCCAGUGCGACGUGAAGGACCUCAUACGGGAGUACCAGGCCAAGAUGGGGCGGCCGCUGCCCAUCAAAGCGGCACUACAGCUGUGCGAGCACGUGGUAUGCAUUAAUGGAUGAUGCAUGCAACAGGAGAGAGAGAACAGAGGGAAGAUGCGGAUGCAUUCUGACUUGUCGGCUGUUUGUGUAUGUAAUGUAUGGAUGUAUGUGUGCAGAUCGCCGCGCUGCAGCAGUUUCAUCGGGCGGGGAGGGCCCAUCUGGACAUGAACCAGGGCAACAUCAUGUUUAGCGAGAGGCCCCCCUUCCGUAUCAAACUGAUCGACGCUACGAGGGCCCUUCCUCUGCAAGUGCAGCGAUGGCAGACGGAGCCAGGCUUCGUCGGCCGUCGGGUGACGAUGCGGGGAGCGCAGGCCUUCGCCAGCGCCCACACUUUCCGAGGGCUGCAGUGGUGCGGCAGGUCAGUGAGUACUGAGCAAUCAACACAAAAACCGCACUGACGGACUCUCUCAUUCAUUCACGCAUUCAUUCACGGAUUUCUUCUCUGUAUCUUCCUUCAGGGAGGAUUUGUGUGCGGGUGUGCGGUGCUGCCUAGCCGCGGUGACGAUGGCGGCGCAGGACGACCAGGCCCUGCGCGCCGCCUGGAAGGCCGUCGACGCCACCAAGGAGAAGUACGGCCGGGGGCCGUCUGCGAAGUGGAACCACCCCGACAUGGCAGCGGCGUGUGAGGCCUACCUCAAAGCGAGGGGCGAGACGGACAAGAGGUGGAUCGGUGACAUCUGCGCCCUGCUGCCGGGUGGGUGGGUGGAUACUCAAUUAAUUGUAUGUGUUGAUUCGUGUCACGCCUCGCUUCGUUCGUUCAGAGUCCACGGCGUCGGAGUUCAAGUUGUGGCUCACGGCGCUGCUGGACUUCGUGGACGAGUGCCCCUUCGUGGCGCCGAUCCCCAAAAUGUACCAAAACGCCACGGACCCCAUCCAGGAGAUGAUAGCGCUGUAAGGGAGAAAGGGAGGGGAAUAAAGAGACACACAAGGGCAAUGUCUUUCUCGUGCAUUCAGGAUCGACCAGGGCCCGGACACCUACCACAAGGACGAUCUCGAGACGGCCUUCGAGGAGGCUGUAAGCAAAGCACCCACACACAUCCAUACACACGGCUCCCCUCCCCUCUCUCAUGUCUCUUUGUGUGUCUGCCAGGGAUUCGUGGUGCCCAAGCCUACACCACCACCAUCGCCCUCCCCCCAGCACGAGGAGAGCCGAGAGGAGGAGGAGAUCCACGAGGAAGAGGCCGCCAUGGAGGUCGAGUGGGAGGGUGAGGUACAGUCCUACCUGAGCAGCUCGGGUGCCAGCGCCAGCACCGAGGAGGAGGAAACGACGCGCAAGCGGCGCCGCGGCAACGUCAAGGCGUACCGCUACGAUAAGGCCCUCAACGAGCCUCGAGAGGAGGGCGGAGACGACAGCGACGAGAGCGAGGGUGAGGAUGACCUGGCGUGGGCGGAUGGGGUCGUGGAGAGGGGGAGUAGGAAGACGGUGGGCCGCAAGCGGCGCAACAUCACUGUUUAGUGUGUAGCUAGUUGUCGAGGGCUGUAGCACUAGUGCUACUGCUCUGUUAGAGGGUUUGAGAGGUGGACCGUAGUCAAUCGUAGCUUUUCCGACCCUUACUGUUCGUGUGUGUGGCUGAC